GGAACUAAUCUUCUCUUUGUCUGUGCCGUCGACCAGGAGCUGCUCGCCUCGUUCGCUCUCCGCCUGGCCGCGCCCGGGCCCAGUUCGGCAGAAGCCCUGACUCUCCUGUCGGCGUUUCGUGCGCCCUCCACCUCGCCGAGCUCCUCGGCCGUGACGACCGCCUCAGCCGUCCCGACGACUGACCUCCCGCCCGGCUUUGAGCCUGCCGCCGUCGCCGCGCCCGAGGGCGUCUUCUCGGUGGCCGCACCGUCCGGGGCCGGCUCAUCUCUGACGGCCGCAGUCGCCUCCUCCGCCGACUGCCCCCCCUCGGCUCUGCUCGCCUGCCCCCACCUCACGGCGUCCUCUUUGCGUCUGGCCGGCCCGGCAACCGUCGCCGCGGCCACGAACAAGACGACCGGCCUCGCUCUGCCGCUGUCACUGCCGUUGUCGUUGCCACUGCCGCUGUCGCUGCCACUGCCGCUGCCGUUGCCCCUCACCGGCCCCGGCCGGACGGUGUCGGGACAGAGCGCGUCGACCGAGUCGACCGUCGACGCGGCCGACUCGGCUCCCACGAAUCUGGCCAAUGGGCUGCCGUUCGGCGCCACCCACGAGCCGCUGUCCGCGCCGCCCGAGGCCUCGGGCAUGUCGGCCGACGGGCCAGCCGAGCUCGGAUUGGCUGGGCCACGAGCCGGCCUCUCGGCGCUCGACCUGCUCGCCGGACAUGCGCUGCCCGCCGGCCGCGGCCUCGCGGCUCUCUACUCUCUCCUCCUCUCCUCCACAGCCGACAGCCUCGGCGUCUCGCUCUCCGGUCUUCUGCCCGGCCUGCCCGGCCUGCACGACCUGCUCGCCGCCCACCACCUCCAGCCGCACCAACACCCCAUCACGCGCCAGCCGCACAGCCACCUCGCACACCAGCUCAUGUCCGGCCAGCAGAACGGCCCCGAGCCCGCCUCCUCCUCCACCCCGCCAACCGGCCCUCGGCUCGCCACCUCGACCGGACUCGACGCCGAUGCCUGCGAGCCCGCCGAGCUCGGCCUCUCGGCCGCUCGCCACCAAUUGUCUCCGCCCAACCGGCUGUCCGUGCCUCCGGGCGGGCCGAGCGGACCAAUCGGAGAACGCGACCACCUUGGCCAGCACCCUUUGCUCGCUUCGCCGCAGCCGGCCCCUCUUCCCGGCCAGCUGGGACCGCAGCUGCUUCCUUCCGCACCACCGCCACCGCCACCACCUCCGACGCGGUCGACCAAUCUUCUGCAACUGCUCAGCCGCCGCCUCUCCAACACGCAGCCCGCCGUCGAGCCCGGGCCGACAAGCCAAGCCGCACUGGCCGGUUCGCCGCCCGACUGCCCGGUCGGCCAGUCCGUCUCACGGCGCGACGCCGACGACGAGUCGUCGCCUCGGGUCGAGCUGAAGCUGGAGCCGCCGGGCCACGGUGCUGCGCUCUUUUCACGCCUUUCCCCCACCCCCGGUAGCCCCACACCCUCUGCGCCUACCCCCCUCUUCGGCCUGCUUCUUCGCACUCUUGUCAUUGCUAAUCUUGUUCAACACACCAUUCACACUCGCAGCAACACCGACGGCAUUGGUCAGCAAGUCAACAGUUUGACGACUAUAAACGAUCACGGCUACGCGGCCGGAGCAAGCAGGACGCCGAAACAUGCACUAACCAUCUCGCAUUUCAAGGCCACGCAACACCCACGAGGCGCUUUACGAUACCAUUUUUACAUUCGCAAACCUGUCAUAUCAUGGCCGAUCUUCAGGUUCGAGCCCGCAUCCGUUUUAGCCGCAUCCCCAACGGGACUGGAAAUCGUAGUUGCUAGUGUCAGGCGGUCUUACCACCACUCCGUUACUCGAAUAGGCCUGCCAACGGACACCGGCAGGCCAGACGCCUCCCAGUACAUAUUUUUGCAGGAAUUGCUCCGCGUUCCGAUUGUUGAUGUCCGAGUUGUGGGUUGCGAGUCGCACGCCUCGGGACUGCAUUCGUCGAAAAUGGCGUUUCGACGGUCCAGAGGGAUUUGGCGCCGACCUGGCGACUCACUGAUUGGUGGGACAUGUGUGGCGAUGCGUCCUCGCAGUUGCCUGGGUCGGGUCGUUGAGGUCGCUUGCUGUCUGCUUGGCCCGAGGACGGCCUGUCUCAGGCGGCAGAAGCAGCACGAUUGUCGGCCAGCCCGGUCUAGUCCGGUCUCGUCCGGUCUCGUCCGGACAGGCCACUCUGCGCCGGCAGGUGUCUGUCAGCCCCCUUCUCCGUCCGCUCCUAGCCCCAGCCCCAGCCCCAGCUCCGUUGACCCGGUUCUCGUUCGGCUGUCCGGCUCACUUGUGUGUGUAUGCUUGCGCCGGAGGGGCUCACGAACGGAUCACUUCAACCUUCCCUUCUCCACUCCCCUGGUACAGACCGGCCUAAUCGAUUUACUGUUGUCUGGUCCCUGUGUCAAACCGAUCACAACGUCUUGUUACUUUUUUCUCUUGCUCUCAUUUCUCUUUUGCUCUCGUCUGCUCUCUCUUUUCUGUAUGUAUGUGCUUUUAUCUAUUUCUGUGUUGUUAUGGUGUCUGGAUAUCAUUAGCCGUUACUGUAUGUAUGUACGUAUAGUUAUCUCUUUGCCUAUCUACCUACACUGUCUGUAUGCAUAUCUACCUAUCUAUCUAUCUAUCUAUCUAUCUAUCCAUCUAGAUAUCUACCUAUCUAUCUAUUUAUUUAUUUAUCAGCCAGUCGAUCUUCAUACAGCUAUUCUUUCUCUCUCUCUCACUAUCUAUCUAUCUAUCUAUCUAUCUCUGCGUCUGCCUUUCUUUUUCGCUCUCUUUGCCUUCUUGUUUGUUCUUCAGUCAAUUCUUGAGACUGAUUUGAAGACAUGA